AUGUCAGACGAUCCUACAAUCUCUUAUGUUAUUGCACGUGCUGCCACUGCCAAACACGCUUGGAAAAUUCUUCAAACCACUUAUGCCAACAAAUCACAGCUAUGUAACUUCAGUCUGCAUGACACUCUUGCUAAUGUCAAACAAGACUCACGCUCUAUUAGUGAGUACAUGAAGGAUAUUAAAUUCAUUUUGGAUAAUCUUGCAUCUAGUGGCUCACCUCUCUCAAAUGAGGAACUUGUCAUCAAAAUCCUGAGUGGUCUAGUAUCUGAGUACAAAGAACUAUCUACUGCUAUAAGGGCUCGAGAUAACCCAAUAUCGUUUGAAGAACUCUAUGACAAAUUGCUUGUGUAUGAGAUGUUUAUAAAACUCUCUGAUCCAAAGCUUGAAAACCCAAUCAUCACUGCCCAAUUUCAUAAAAAAUCUGCCAACACUAACUCAAAAUUCAGGAACUAUAAUCCAAGCAACAAUAGCAGGGGUUCCAUUCUGAACACCUCAACCAACCAACGCACCAACUCCUUCCCCCCAAAUUCCGUAGCAGCCAGCAAAGAGUCCAGUGCCAAUUAUGUGACAAAUUUGGGCACAUCGCAAAAGUUUGUCGCUCAAAAUCACAUAGUGCACUUGAGGCUCAAGCCAACUUCACUAAUCGCAUAUCCUAUGCAUCUAAUCCCGCAAAUAAUUGGAUUGUUAACUCUGGAGCAUCACACCAUAUCACAAAUAAUUCACAAUCUCCACAAGCCGUAG